GGAGAAUAAACAAACAACGACCAGCAUCGCCAGCAAAUAGUCAUGGCAGGAAAGCGUUUAAUUCCAAUUUUCUUAACUUGGUGCAUCUUAGCAGGCUCUGAGAUGAACACGGUUGAAGGAACAGUGUACAGUGAUAAAGUUAUCACAAACUCUACAAAGUACAGCUACAAUAUGCAAUCAAAAUUAGGACCGCCAAUGUGGAAGGGUGACUGCUUUUAUGGCAAAUGGCAAUCACCCAUUAGUUUGGAUGACAAGGAAAGUAUUCCUACGGAAUUUCCGCCACUCGAGUGGUUUGGCCACUGGGAAGACCGACAGGGAGGGUUUAUCUUAAAAAAUACGUGGCAUUCAGCUGAAAUUGAAUACACCGGAGAAGCGCCUUUUAUAUGUGGAGGGCCCUUGACUUCCGAAUACGUCCUGGCUCAAGUUCACUUUCACUGGGGAAAUUCCCCACGGAAGGGAAGCGAACACUCAUUAAACACCCAUUAUUAUGGAAUGGAAGCGCAUUUGGUGCACUACAACAAGAAAUACGGCUCAGUCGAAGCAGCGGCGGGUCAUUCGGAUGGUCUCGCGGUGGUCGGAAUUUUCUUCAAAAGCUCGAGAGGAAACAACCCAGAGUUGAAUGGAAUCGUGACGGAGCUGGAAAAAAUAAUUGAAGGGGACAGCUCGACCCGAAUCGACGGAGAUUCAAUGGAGUGGCUGGAGGCCUACGAGGAUAAACAGAACUACUAUACUUAUUCUGGGUCGCUCACCACGCCGCCAUGCAGUGAAAUUGUCACUUGGAUUGUAAUGAAAGACACCGUCGUAAUUGGUGAACGACAGAUUGAGGAAUUCAAAAAACUGGAAAGCCACGAGGGAAAAAUCACUUCAAACAUUCGUCCGGUUAAAGAGCUGAGAGGCCGCCCAUUGUUUCAAUCAACCUUAAAUGCCUAUAAUGGGUAUUAUGACUAUUAGCAAAAUUCUUCUCACCACCUUUCAUUGACAGCAAUUGACAGUAUUACAAUGUCUGUUCUGCUAGUUGCGCAAGGCAAUAAUUAUCCAUCAUGAUAAAAUAUAUUUAAAAAAGAAUUGAAUAAAGAUCA